CAUUCAGAUCUACCUAGGACCAACGCCUGUUUGGCAAGAAGCCACGCAGGCCGAAGAGAAGUUCAGCUUUGCCCGAGAUGCAGGCUUCCUUUCCAUCCCACUCACGCGCGAAGAUCCCGAAUCCGGCCUUGCGCCCAACCACACCAACCACGAAAAGGAAAAAAGGCCUGCCCUCGCUGAUGAGGCUGGAAAAUAAGUGCAAGACCCCGCCCACCCCUGGAGGAUUUCGUAUCCCACCAAAUACUGCCUGUCUCCCUUGAAUCCCUACUUGCUUGCUUGCUCGCAUGCAUGCAACAUGUGCGGCGAGAAAAAGAUCCCAUCACAAUCCUUCGCACUCUCGGGCAGCAAUGCGUGCGUGCACAAGGAUCUUUUGGGGGGGAAACUUCUUUCUAGCGCUUUCUGUCCCCGUCGAUUCGCCAUGCGAGUGAUGAACACGGACGAUUGUGAACAAGGCUUGUUCAUGCAUGCAUACACCGUCGUCUGCAUGCGCAAUGUACCUUUGCGCAACUUUGCGCGCGCACGACGCGCGCUUCUUGUCGGGGGAAAGUUUCCUUUCCCCAAUCGGCCCGAAAGUUAUUCGGUCUGGUCUGAUGUAUCACGAAUGAGCGAUGAUGAAAGGAUUUUCGUUAGAGAGGACAUGGAUAGAUAUGAAUGGACGAACUCAAGGAGAGACGGGACGAAUGAGUCUCAGUACAGCAUAACAAGAGUGGAAGAUAGAGAGGCGAGUCAUCAUUCGUAUUGUAUUAGUUUUAUCACUCUUGGAGCGCGAAGAAGAAUUGAACAUCAUUGCUAUGAGAUUAGAAAUUCGAGAUCGAAAAUGAAUACCAUGUUACAACAAUUCUCCACGAGCUUGUUUCCUUGAUCUUCGUAGAACCUUGGUAGUAGUCAGCCUUCCUUUUCCUUCAGCCCGCACUGGCAAGAUUCUCUUUCACUGCGAUGGCCUCGUCUGAUGUUUCGAGCUGUGUCCAGAGAUGAAAUUGAAGGAGGUGUGAAUGUAUCGCAAGUGAUAAUUCGUGUUGCGAGAGAUCUGUUGAAGACUAAAAGUUGACUGUAAGAUCAACGUAUUUGUGAAAAUUCUCUUGG